GAGUCGUGAUGACGAUCUGAAGCGGUGGUUUGCAGACACAUUAGAGGCUCAGCAGCAGCAGCAGAAAUACCACGGACGAGCGGGUCUCGUCCAGCCGCUUCCCGCCGCCCACACUUAAGGAGCAGACCCUGUUACAGGCAGCUGCGGGUCGGGAUGCGUCUGUCUGAGAUGACGAGAGGACGGUGCCAGUGAAACGCGGCGGCUGGUUGCGUUGCCUUAAAUCUCGCUUUUGCAAUCUCAGCUGAAGAGAUUGCAUCACAUCAGCAGCAGUUUUUCUAUCGACCGAUAUUCAGCGGGGAGACAGGCUUUUAAUCCUACUGUCUGCCGUCAACUGUUGCUUAUUUUCACUGUAAAUGAAUCUUGUAAGGUUUAUGAACAACCGUGUUCCUGCUAACAAGCGAUAUCAGCCCACAGACUAUGAGCAUGCUGCCAACUGUGCCACGCAUGCGAUGUGGAUAAUCCCCAGCCUGCUGGGCAGCUCACUGUUGCACUACGAGUCAGAGGACCAAUGGGAGCGGCUGUCAGCCUGGGUAUAUGGGGCGGGGCUCAGUUCGCUCUUCAUCAUCUCCACUCUGUUCCACACUGUGGCCUGGAAGAAAAGCCACCUUCGUUCUGUGGAGCAGUGUUUCCACAUGUGUGACAGGAUGGUGAUCUACUUCUUCAUCGCAGCCUCUUAUGCUCCAUGGCUGAACCUUCGGGAGCUGGGUCCCUGGGCAUGUCACAUGCGCUGGCUGGUUUGGGUCAUGGCAUCUUUUGGAACCACCUAUGUCUUCUUCUAUCAUGAGAGGUAUAAACUCAUGGAGUUGAUCUGCUAUACAGUGAUGGGAGUUUUUCCUGCUCUGGUGAUUUUCUCAAUGCCGGAGCAGUCCGGGUUGUGUGAGCUGCUGGUUGGUGGAGCCUGCUACUGUUUUGGUAUAGUCUUCUUCAAAAGUGAUGGCAUCGUCCCAUUCGCUCAUGCCAUCUGGCAUCUUUUUGUAGCUGUGGGAGCAGCCAUACAUUACUAUGCCAUCUGGAAGUACCUCUACGCCCAGACUCCCAGGCAAGUCCAGACCUCCAGAUGACAUCAGUGAUGACUUCAGAGGGAUGGACUCCUGUGAUUAAGCUGCUUGGUAGAGCUGUGUCCAAGUUCAAGGCUUGCUUCAAAUGAGGGUGAACUUGAUUGGAAAACUACCAGUACAUUUGGGCCUUUCUGAUAAACUCACAAAGUCAACGGUCAUAUAUUAUUAAGAAAUCACCUUCAAAAGUCUUGCUUUGACUGUGGGUGCACAAGCAGCACAAAUGAGCAAAUCACAGGCAGUGACAGACAGCAAGCCUCCCACUCUGGUGCCAUCUUGUUUCAUCUGACUGCUGCAACAAAAGCAGUCCUAUCAGGCAACUAGAAAAUACAAACAAGUGUUCUUUGCACAUUAAAAUUGCGUUUGCUUGACUCUCUAAAGUUCCCAGCUAGAGAGAAGUGGAUACACCUCCAAACUGCACAUAUUACUGGAAAAUCAAGUUGGAAAAGUAUGCUUCAGAAUCUCAAUCUGACUUGCUCACAGAGACAGAUUUAUACUUUUGAGCAUAAAUCCUCGAAGGUAUUUAUGCAAUCUAAAUUUCAGAGGCAAGAAAUUUAGAUUGCAGAAUAUUACACCUGACAAUACGCUGUUUUCUCAGAAAUUAACCCAAUUACUUAUAUUCUUUCAAGCUGUUUAUUGGUUAAGAAAACAGUGAAAAAAGACUCAUUGCUAAAAGAUAAUAGCACAGUAGGCUCAUCAUAACCUUAACAUUAAAAGUAGGAUUAAAACAUUCCAGUAAAGUUCAAAUGAUGUUGGAGAUGACACAGCUCAGCCCAAUUUUGCCGACCACGCUGCAACAAAAUCAGAGAUGAAGCCUUGGGUAAAAACACAGAUUGUUCCCAGCUGCUUGGAAAGUUUUGUGCUUUUCUCAACAAUUGCUGCAUUUGAGAAUUAUCCUCAAGGAUACAAUGUUGAGACAAUGAUAAUUAAAAGUUGGGUAAAUCUUACAACAAUGUCACAGCCUGGCAUAAUGAUAAAAGAUGUCAGAUACCACUAACCUGCUUUAGAUUAUACAACAACAAAUGCGGUAUUUCAUAACCCCCCCCCAAAAAAAACAAAGAAACAAAAACAAUAGCAGACACCUUGUUGUGAUCAAUCUGAGGCAGCUUUGUAAACUUGGACACAGCUAAAAUCCCCACUUUGGUUCAUUUUAAUGUUAUAUAUCACUGUAUUUUCCAGUAAUUUGAUUUUUUUCCAGUGAUCAGGGGUUAGUUACUAGUAUUGGAGUUUUUUCUCUCUGUGGUGCGCAUCCAGAUUCAGAGGCUAAAUUUACGACAUUGUCUUAAUGUCAAGAGGAAGACAAUGUUUACAAUUAUCUGCUUUGACCAUCAUUGUAGAUUUAGCAAUUAUUGUAAACAUAAUUUAAACCUGAUAAACAUGAGUUGUUCUUACUUCCAAUCUAGAUUUGUAUAUCACAUAAUACUAUUAUUUUUAUCAGUCGUUGUUCCUUUUUUUAGUGACUUACUGUAAUUAUCAAAAUAAGCAUGAAUAGACAAAUUUAUUAAUGUAUAUAUUGCAUACAUUUGUAGUUGCAGCCUUACAGACCUGUAUACAUCCACAAUUAUUUGGUACCUGAUUAUGUAGUUUGUUUACUGAAUACUAAUAGUUUUUUGUUGUUGGUUAGAUUUUGCAAAGACAAAUGUCAUCAAUAUCAUUUAUACAGAGAUUAUAUUUUCCUGUGAUGUGAUUGUAGUGUUGAAAAUACGUGAAAACUAGUGACAUAUUUUGUCUGAAACCACAAUGAAUCAGCACUGCCAGAAGGCUGAAUUACUGCCGUAAGUGUUAGCACACGCUACCAUGAUUAAACAAUACGUCUUAUUUGAAAGGAAACUGAAGCUAUAGUACUCUUGAACAACCUGCCCCAAUAUUACGGCAUCUCAGGAGUGCGUGUGGGUGUGUGUGCGCGCGUGCGCGCGUUUGUGUGUGUGUAUUACUUACCGGGUGCAGUUGUUUGUAUCUUUUACUAUCUUACACCCAUUAAUCCAAAGCCGAUGGUUGUCAGUGUUUACAAAAAAUAGCUUGAACACAUAAGUAUCUAUAUUUGCUAAGAGUCUUUAACUCUCUUUGCCAAACAAGCUUAUACACUUUGAUGAAUGUGGCAGGAGGACUUAAAAGUUCAAGAAAUCUAACAUUUAAAGGUAUUUUAAAAAAAGCAACUGAUGUGGAUCAUGUUUCAACAGUUGUUUAUCACUCAGGAUUUUACAGAAAAUUUAAAGGACCAUCAAUCUGCGUCAGUUGUUUGCAUUCUGUCUGGUUGCCACCACAGCUCCACUUGCUUACUCCCAAAAGUUUUCUACAAGUUUUACAUGAUGUUCACUAUUCAGACAAUAACUGAGGUGUAAUUAAUAUAAAGCAGUCAGGAAGCUUGGUAUCAAACAGUAAAAUCAAUUUUCAAUACAAUGUUAUCUCUGGUAAAAACGUGUAAAAAGCCUUAAAAUAAAUUAAUGUUUCCUCUUAGUAGCAUAAUCUCACAUCAUUAUAUUCAGAAAAAUCUAAAUUUGUAUGUGAUCAAACGUAUUCAGCAUCCUUGCUGUAAGCAAGGUUAGAAUGUAUACUGACUUUAUUAAGCAAAGAUUGUUGAAAUUUGAAGUAUAUGUCCAUGACUUUCUUUUCUCUGUUGUAUAACUGACACAAAUUUCUCUUUGGAGGAAAAUGUAAAAAGCAGGGUAACAUAUCAUUCUGCUAAAUUAUGUGAUUCUUGCUCAUAUCUACAGUCAGGGCAGUAAUAAAAACGAAUAAAGUUAAUAUCCUGAAUUACAAUCCUUGAUGAAGAUCUAUGUUUAAUUUAAACUCCUGUCAGAUUGUUCCUUAUGAUGUUUUUUUUUCCUUCAUUUUUCCUUUUCCUUCAUUUUCCUUCAUUUUUUCCUAAUGUGAAAAAAUGAAGAAGCUUUUUAUGAAAUAUCAAGUCCUGGGUUGUUAUAAGUAGAGCAUGUGCAUUAGGAAUGAUUGAUGGUGGCGAAUGCAGUUGGUUCUGCUGCAUCGUGAUGCCAUAUACUAUUGCUAUUUCUCAUAUAUAGAGAUCAGCUAAAUGAGACAGCAUUUAAUUUUCAAUAAUCUAUGAGUAGUCAAAUAAUUAUUGGCCAAAUUAAAGUAUGUGAAGAUGUCAAUUCUAUUGUGUUUCAAGUAGCAUGUACAAAAUUAAGGAAAUUGUCCUCAAUUAAGGAAAUUGUCCUCAAUUUCCUUAUUUUUGGGAAAUCAGCAAUCGACUGAAACCUAAAUGAAAAACUGAUCUUAUCCAUUAAUCUUAUCUACCUUGGCAAAAGUGAAAAUAAUCUACUGUCACCUUUUUCUCUGCUGUAAGAGAGGAAGGACUGACAGGUCUGACCAAAACAGUUCAGAUCUGCAUGUGUGCUGUUAACAAUAUUCACUCCUUCUUGCCAGCAUAGCCUUGCUGUAUUUAAUGGCUUUUCUGACAGAUUUUUUUCUCUCAAUAAUAAAUUGGUGUUGAACAAAGUUGGAUUUGGCAAAUCAGGCUUUUUAAAAUAUUGGUAAUCAUAAUUGACCAGAAAAAUGCAAUCAGUGCACCCCUCAGAUACAGGCUGCAUAGUGUUUAGGUGCUGUGGUGCUCAUGUGAAGCUACACGUCCUCAUGUAUCUGUGGCAGCCUGGUAAUCUCAUUGUGCGCACUUCAGUGUCAAAUGCAUUGCAUCAUGUUGCCUGAACAUUUGUUUUCCAUGGCAUUAUGUUUUUUCUAUUUUACUAAGACAGAAAGUAGAAAAGUGUGUAUUGGGUUAUUAGAACCAUACAUGGUGAAUAGGUAAAAAAUCUCCACAUGACUUUUCAGUUUGAUGUUAUGCUACUGCUUACUUAUUUUUUAAUCUUAUUAACUUAUCUUUACCAGGGAUACCAAUAUAUAUGGAAGACUCUGUGAAUCAAAAUAUGGAUCUUGAAAAUGUUUUAGUUUGUACAAAGAUACACUGUGAUCAACCCUGCUGACAUCCAUUAGUCACAUUAUUUUUUAAUUUUAAAGUAUGAAUAUUACCAUUGUUUUCACAAAUGAUCAUAAAGAAUCUCAAAAUGUGUACCAUAUGAUGUGAAAUCUGUUUAUAGCAAAGUACAUCAUUCUGACAACAGUAAUGCAUGAAGCAAAGCCAAAUACUAAACAAAUCUUUCCCUACAAGUUUAAUUAAAGGACAUCUCUGUCUUCAAAUACCUCCCUUUUUGAUGAAAAAAAUACAAUUUAUAAGAAGAUAAUGUGAAUUGAAUCAUUUGAAAGAAGAUUGAGCAACUUCUAGCUGUAAAUCUCAAACAAAUGUUUUCUUGAGCUGUAGAUAUUUUAGAAAGAUGAACCGAUCUAAAAUUAACAAAAAAUCUUCAUGAUUAUAAAUGUGUCACCACAGAUGAGUGGGAGAUUAAUGUUUAUUGCAGAUUUGAGCAUGUCUAAAUGACUCAAUUAUAUUCAACUGAUGCUAAUUUUAACCAUAUUCAUGAAUAACGAACAGCUUGUAUUUGUAUUCUGUGUUUAUUGACGCCUUCAAGGAACAUCAAACAACUGAGUGUUGUAUUGUACUUUAUCAUAUCCAGUAUUAACAAUACUUUCAUAAGCAAGUAAUUAUUUUACUUUUCUGUCUUUAUCCUGCUUACAGUAUUUGUCUCUUUUAGAGAUGUAGUGCACAUAUGAAUUUGUAUAAAUUCCAAAAUCUUUACAAACUGCAUAUCUAUUAGUAUUAUUUAUAGGCUUUUUGUGAUUAUGAAGCUGUUUAGUGUUUUUAGACCUACUGUUGAUCUCUUCCUGUUCCAGGAAAGCAAAAGUAUUUUCCCACAUUCAUGGUUCUAUAGUUUUCAGUUUGGUGAUUGUAUCUGGUGCUUUUCUGUGCUGUGAUAAGCCGAUUUGAUGCUAACAAUGCUUUUAUCUUUUCUAUCUCUGUCAUAAUAAAAAUGCUUUUUCAUGUUGAA